GUUGAUUUGCCAAGCCUUUUCCAGCCCGCACGGGGAGCCGUGUCCCCAACACCUGGCUGAGAAGCUCUCAGUGGUCCGAGCUUUUUUUUUGUUUACUCUCCAAAACACUGGCCAUUCACGUCGCAGCGCCAGCGUCCCACGGCACCCCUUCUAGCGAACUUCAAACAGUAAACCGCUCCGAAGCAAGACCUCAACAACAAACGACAACAACAACCGCCGUGGCCUUUCGCAACAACCAAUCCUUAGAAACCUCGCCCUUUUUUACGACGAUCAACCCAUUUAUCAACGAGAAUGCCUCCCGCGCGCGGCAGAAAGCGAAAGUCGAACCAAUCCACGGUUUCGAACGAUGACGAGCACUACCAGCAGAACGCGCCCGUCAUGGCAACAAGUCCGCAGAAAAUUCCGACAAAGACAGGGAGCCCCAGCGCAGCAGACCAGCGCCAUCAGGAGAGUCCGGCCAAGAAGAGAAAGCUGAACAGCAGCAUCACGCUUGCGCAGAAGCAGGCGCUGAUUGACAACUUGCAGCUUGAGAUAACGGAACGGGCCCGGAAGCUGCGAGCAAACUACAACAUCCACGCACAGAGUCUGCGGACGCGGAUUGAGAUUCGCGUCAACCGCAUCCCGCUCUCGCUGCGCAAGGUCAAAAUGGGCGAGCUGCUGCAGAAAUUCUCAGCCGAGCAGCAGCAGCAGCAUCAGCAGCAGCAAGCGCAACGGACAGCAGUAGUUGCUGCUGCCAAUGCUGCAACCAGGGGCCCUCCGGUGCCCGCGAAAGACGCCGUGACCAAACGCCCUCCCCUGGCUAGCGCGCCCAUGUUCGCCUCUGGAUCUGUGUCUCCGAUGCGGCCAGCUAAGAGACUGAGCCAUGAGAUAUCUGGCGGUGGCGACAAGGAGAACGACUUUGAGCGCAACAUUGAGAAUCCAAAGAAGAAGACGCGCGCCGGCCCGGCCACGGAGCUCGUGCGCAAUCCGGGGCAGGUGCUGUCGCCGACGUCGUCGAACUCGCGGAUCCAGCGCGGUGGUGAGCGGGCCCAGCCUCCACCUCCGACGCCAGGUGGGCGGUCGGGCAUUGCGCGCCCCGUGUCGCCAACCAAGAUGGGCGGCACGAGCCUACUGAGCAACAUGGUAGAGAAGUCGCGUUCGACGCGCGCUGCGGCCACGGCACGCAAGACGACAACGUCGACCACAGCGAGCUCCGCUAACGGCGGCGGAGCCACGACGACGAUGACGACGACGACGACGCGAACGAGGAGGGGAGCCACAGCAGCUGCGCCCCCACCGCCCUCGAGGCCUGCAACGCGGACGGCGCAGAGAGUUAGUGCCACCAGCGAGUCCAGCGACGGCAGCACCUCGACCGUGGUGAGGAAGCGGCCAGCCACGGCCAUGGCAACACACAAGGCUGCGGCGCCAGCCCCCGCUCCCGCCAAGCGCACUGUUAUGGGCACGAUCAAGAAGGGAGUCGCGGCCGGCACGAGCAGGAAGGCCCCCGCGAGCAAGACUGCCCCGCCAGCGGCUUCAACGGCUGGUACUGGAAGAGUUUUGAGGAAGCGAGCUUGAUGGCGCCCCGUCCUUCGGUAGUUUGCAUGAGAUUAGGGGCGGUUGCCACUGGCGUUUGGGAAAGCAUUACAUAUCGAUUGUCAGAGUGAGUGAUUGACGCAUGGUUUAUGACGGAUUUUCCAUCUCAGUGUCUUGUCUGGAUUAUAGUUUCGGCGGAGUCUGUUUUUUUAGAGCUGGCAAAUAGGUUUCGUUCUCGAGUCAUAAUGUCAUCG